GCAAUGGUGCACCGAUCCCGGCCAUUGGGCUUCGCAUAGUCUUGCAAUGCUUCGAUCACUGUGCAUGCGCAUGUAGGCCAUCAUGCAUUGCAUCGACCUACUUCUUCAACUCUGCAGCGCAGCACAGGCCAACCAGCAACGGCAGCAGGAGUACAUGGCCUCGCAAGGGACCAAACUAUCGAAAGGCUGUGUGCGAGGACGGAGUAACGGCGACGAUUUCGUCCUUCUCUGUUGCGUGCGCGAGCCUCCCAUUCUCACCGCUCCAUGCCGUGGACCGUUGCCAAGCGAGCUGAAGCAACUUCUGAUAGGAUUCUCCAAAUGCGACCAAGCCGCACUCUCCCGCCAGUCGUCAGACAAUGACCGCAUCGUCUAGGCCAGUGAUUGGGGAGGCGCUUCUAGCUGCAGCGGCCGGGUAAUACAUACAGCACCAGCAGCAUAUGGUAAGACAAUCCUCCCCGGCUAUCGCACAGGUACGUAAUGGCACAUCCCUGCUGCGGUGCAAGUGCUGGCAG